AUGGCAAGCUUUGUUAAACUCGAUUCCACUAACCUCGUUCAAGAUGGAUACAGCAGCACAUGGAAGUACAACUUCCCGGUUGACUUUCGGGCUGUAGCAUGCGCGGUUCAAUCCAUCUCGAGGUUUAACAGCGAAUAUAACAUCGAUGCAGCUCAGUUCCUGAACAAUACGUUUAAAAUUGAGGUCCCAACCGCUGGAACCACAUCCACUGUUUUCACAGCCCUCGUAAAUGCCGGAGCCUAUUUAAUCAAUCCAUCCGGUGAGAAUGUCUUCUAUUUUCAGCUGAGUGAGAACACAACCCUUCCUACAGCUGGUGGCACUUGGACACGUCCUGCUACUGGACUUUACUCCUCGGGCGGUACUGGGUUACCGACUACGACUCGUGUCCCACGCCUAAUCAUCGAUAACGCCGCGUUUGGUAAAGUGGUAGGUCUGUCUGCUGGUACGUAUCCUUCGGCGUCCGCAACGGUUUCAAGUGCCCAGCUCUCGAAUACCAUGCCUCAAAUUCAUCCAACAUCUUCUUACAUUGUUCGAUGUGAUCUAAUUAAAAAUGAGUAUGUAGCCUCUGGCGAUAUCUUAUCAGCAUUUGAUCGCGGCGAUGCUCAAGUUGGACAACUAAUCAGCUAUAAGCCGAGUCUGUAUGCUUGGAUGAGCUGUCACAACGGGUCACGUACCUCAAUCACGAUCAGUAUUUACAAUCAAAACGAUAAGAAGGUUAAGUUCCGUGAUACUUCUCGGCCAUUUUAG